CGGAAACCGGUAGAGACCAAAAUCUGAUCCCAAGAAAGCAAGCAAGGAUUAUACUAGUAGCCUAGCCGGUACUGUAUAUAUAAACAGACAAGAGGUAGAUGGUGGGAGAGAGGGGGAAAAGGAUAGCGCCGGACUGAUGCUUGCUGUCGUCCGUUGCCUGCCCCAGCCUUCCAGCUCAGGCACCACCUGUCCGUUGCUCCGGGUUCCCGGUUCCCUCGCGCCUCCGCCGCGCCCCCGUGAACGGUACCAAUCUCCACCGCAUGCAGCAGCUACAAGUUGCUGCACCAGUACCAUAGCUCACAGGACAACCCACUCACUCACUCACUCACUCGCACCAGGAGCAUCAACGUGUAUCGUGGGUGUAUGCAUGCAUGACAGCCAAAACGCAAUAAGAAACACAGAGUUCAUCAGUGAUCUACUACAGCAGAAGUUGCUGCUGCUGCUGCUUCAGUGACUGCAGAGUUCUUGCCGAUCGAAGGAAUCGUCUUCGCCGGCAAUGGCGGCAACUGGUGCGAGCCGUCUGCUGGCGUUGGUCUUCUUGGCGGUGCUGCUCCCGGGGGGCGCGCCGCUGCUGCAGGCGUCCCAGACGUGGACUCUGCUCAAGGUGCAGCAGCUGCUGGGCCGGCCGCCGGUGCUCCGGCACUGGCGCCGCACCACCGACUUCUGCGCCGGCGCCGGCACCGUCGCCCCCUCCGCCUCCGUCGUCUGCUACGGGGACACCGUCACGCAGCUCCACGUCGUCGGGGACGCGGGCGGCGCGCCGCCGCUCCCGCUCAACUUUUCGCUUGGCGCACUGGUCACCACGCUGUCCAGGCUCCCCGACCUCAAGGUGCUCACGCUCUCCGGCCUCGGCCUCUGGGGCCCCUUGCCGGGGAAGCUGGAGCGGCUCGCCGGGCUGGAGAUCGUCAACAUGAGCCGCAACUACCUCUACGGGCCCAUCCCGAGGGGCCUCUCGCGGCUGCAGGGCCUGCAGACGCUCAUCCUCGACGACAACAUGAUCGGCGGCGAGGUGCCGGGCUGGAUCGGCACCGCGCUGCCUGCUUUGGCCGUGCUCAGCCUGCGGAACAACUCGCUGGCCGGCGCCGUGCCGGAGUCGCUCGGGAGGACGCCGUCGCUGCGGUCGCUCGUGCUCGCCUCCAACAACCUCUCCGGGAACCUCCCUGACAUGCGCGGCCUGGCGAGCCUCCAGGUGCUCGACGUCGGCGGCAACUCGCUCGGGCCGGCGUUCCCGCGGCUCGGGAGGAAGGUGGCAUCGGUGGUGCUGAGCCGGAACAAGUUCACCGGGGGCCUGCCCGCCGCCGAGCUGACCUCCUUCUACCUGCUGGAGCAUCUGGACGUGUCGCAGAACCGGUUCGUCGGGCCAUUCCCGCCGGCGCUGCUGUCGCUGCCGUCGCUCCAGUACCUGAGCAUCGCCGGGAACAGGUUCACCGGGGCGCUGUCCGACAAGGUGCCCUGCGGCGACAACCUCCGGCUGGUCGACCUGUCGUCGAACCUCCUGAUGGGGAGCGUGCCAGCCUGCUUGAGGCCAGGCGGGAAGCCGGCGACGGUGGUGCUCUCGUCGGAGAACUGUCUGGACAGAGGCGACGGUUCGCAGCACCCGUCGCCGUUCUGUCAGAACCAGGCACUGGCCGUGGGGAUAGUUCCUCGUCACAAUGAAAAGAAGAAAGUUAGCCGGCACGCGGGCUUCAUCGCCGGCAUCGUGAUGGCGGUCGUCGUCGCUGUCUCGCUCUUCGGCGCCAUGGCCUUCUUCGCCGUCAGGAAGAUGACCAUGGAAGGGGGGAAGACGAGACCCUCGGCGACAUUGAUGGAGGACCAUACUUCCACUUCGAGUGCCUACCCUUCCAAGCUGUUCGCCGAUGCACGUUACAUAUCACAGACAGUGAAGCUAGGAGCAUUGGGGAUCCCACCAUAUAGAUCAUUCUCUUUGGUCGAACUCGAGGCGGCGACGAACAACUUCGCAAACUCUUGCCUGCUCGGGCAAGAUUCUUAUGGCGAGAUGUAUCUGGGGAAGCUAAGCAAUGGUGCCGCAGUGACAAUCAGGAGCCUCAAGGUGAAGAGGAACCAGAGCUCCCAAAGCUUCAACCGCCACAUCGAAACGAUAUCUAGGCUCAGGCAUCGGCACUUGGUCAGCGCUCUAGGGCACUGCUUUGAAUACGAUCUCGACGACUCCACCGUAACCCAACUCUACCUCGUGUUCGAGUACGUGCAAAAUGGGAACCUGAGGAGCAGGAUUUCGCAAGGAACUGAAGGGCGGAAGCUUACCUGGGGGCAGAGGAUAUCGGCCGCCAUCGGUGUCGCCAAGGGCAUCCAGUUCUUGCAUGGAGGGAUCAUACCCGGUCUAUUCGGGAACAAUUUGAGGAUCAGCAACAUUCUUCUAGACCAGAACCAUGUCGCCAAAAUAGGCAGCUACAAUAUCCCAAUCCUAGGAGAGGCUGCAAAACCUGAGGGAGGGGCUGGAAGCAGACACCAAACUGAUAGCACGAUGCUCAGCGACAAGAUCGACAUAUUCGAUUUCGGAGUGAUCCUGCUCGAGCUUGUGUCUGGGAAGCCGAUCACAUCGAUAUAUGAGGUGGAGAUAAUGAAAGAACUGCUGCUGUGGGCAAUGGCGGAGGAGGACAGGGCCAGGAGGAGGAGCUUCGUGGACCCGGCGGUGAGCAAGAGCUGUUCAGAGGAGUCACUGAGGACCGUCAUGGAGAUCUGCCUGAGGUGCCUGGCAAAGGAGGCGGUGCACCGGCCGUCCGUCGAGGACGUGAUCUGGAACCUCCAGUUCGCCACCCAGGUGCAGGACGACUGGGAGGGCGAGAUCCGGAGCGGCGACGGGUCCCCGGUGUCGUCGUCCCGGACUGCCAGGUCCUCCAGAUUCAGCAGAUAGAGAUAUAGAUGAUAAUAAACCAGCAGUUUCUCCCGUCCAAAUCGUCCAGCUCCCAGGAGGAUGGAUGAACAUGCCGCUGCCGGUGAUGAGAGUUGUCCUCCAGGAUGUGCAGAAAAGGAGGCUCCAACUGCUCCGGUUGUUUUCCCUCUGUCAGUGUAGAGCUUUUUUUCUUCCUCUGCUGUGUUUCUCUAUGAAGCCUUGAUCCCAGAAGCAAAUUUUCCUUUGUUUCAUCUCUAUGUGUAAUAAUGUUGGGCAAGCAUCAUUCUGUCAAAAGCAAAGUUCUGCUUCUACCGAGGAAUAAAGAAUAACUUUCAUCAGUAUAAAAA